AUGACUCAGGGCUUUGUAACAAAGGUAGAGCAUAUGGUCAGACAUAAACUUCCUUUUGCUCUCCAGGUGACCUUCUACGAGGAGAGGAACUUUGGGGGCCGUUCCUGGGACUGCAAUGGAGACUAUGCUGACUUCUCCCCCUACCUCAGCCGCUGCGGCUCCUUCAGGGUGCACAACGGCUGCUGGAUGAUGUACGACCAGCCCAACUACAUGGGCAUGCAGUAUUUCAUGAGGAGGGGAGAAUACCCCGAUUACAUGAGCAUGUGGGGUUGGCACAACUCCAUCAGAUCCUGCCGCUUCAUUCCCAUGCACAGAGGAAACUACAGAAUGAGGAUCUACGAGAGGGAGAACUUUGGUGGUCAGAUGCACGAGAUGAUGGAUGACUGUGACAGCAUCAUGGAUCGCUACCGUAUGAACCACUGCCAGUCUUGCCAUGUGAUGGAUGGCCACUGGCUCAUGUAUGAGCAGCCCCAGUACAGAGGAAGACAGUACUACUUCCCUCCUGGAGAGUACAGAAGCUGGAGAAACAUGGGAUACCCUGACAUGAGAUUCAUGAGCAUGAGGCGCAUCAUGGAUUCUUGGUACUAA